AGGACCUGAACCAAUUCUUUUCAUCGGAAGGAACUUUCAGUUCGGAUUCGACAUUUGGCGAGUACUUUGUUACGUAGUUAUUUCAUUUGUCCCGGUCUAAAUAUCUGUGGAAAGUUUGAGUGAAAAACACGAAAGUGCAUGAAGAAUUAAAUAGCAAACGAAAACACACUCCGAUGCCUUAUUAUGCCUUCCGGUGCCAAUAAUAGGAAAUCUCCGGGUGGUUCCGGGGAACCGAUGGGAUCCAAAACUGGCAACAGCAACAGCCGGCAUCACGAUCCAACCGGGAGGAAAGGCGCCAAAAAUCAUGGCUCAUCGAAUGGACAGCAACAGCAAAAGGAGCAACAAGAAAAACUGCAAUCUCUGGACGAGGGAUUCAAUUCCGGCUUUGGCCAGUACAUUCGAUCCGAGCAAGCGGUGGAAAUGAUGAAACUGUUUGUGAUUGCCAAUACUUUGGUGGUGUUUUUCACGAUGGGCUGGCCCCAGAUGAAACAAUCCUUCGAAAUUAUCCGGUCCUGGAUCUACGGCGGCGAUGAGCAGGAGGAUGAAUUUUGAGUGUUUUUGUGAGUGUUCCUUCCCGG